ACCUGAAACCAAGAAAAAAGGGAGUGAGCGCCCGGGCCCUGGGCCUCGCUCUUGAGUCUGUCGCAGCGCCAGAGGAUAGAACCGGCAGACGGGACGCCGCCGGCACCGAAGACAUGACGCCGAGGGAGCCGGAGCCCCUUCUUUUGCCUCCGUACAUAACGGGGAACGGGACUGCACGCCCGGUCUCCGCCAAGAAAUGGAGGGUCUCAUCUGGAAACCCCCCCACCCCCAGCCACCAGUAGAUCUCAUCUUACCUGGUGGACAUUGCAGUCAGAAAGGAAACAAGACCCUCCGGUUUGCCUUAUAUAUCCGCCCCGAGCGGCGAUUGGUCUGCAGGGGCCGGGGGCGGGACCUGCGUACAACCAGACCGGAAGGGCAGGUCGGUAGGGAGCGGAAGAACGGCGUCCUGAGAGUCAGAGAGGUUAUGGCUCCGGGCGGGAAGAUCAACCGGCCGCGCACGGAGUUGAAGAGGAAGCUGUUCAAGCGCCGGCGGUUGCUGGGCCGGGCGCGGCGGCUGCGGCGCAGGGUGGUCGGGGCCGUGGUGGACGCGGGGCUGACCACGCGGCACCAUCUACGGAAGCGCGCGUCCAGUGCGCGGGCCAACAUCACCCUGUCGGGGAAGAAGCGCAGGAAGCUCCUGCAGCAGAUCCGGCUAGCCCAGAAGGAGAAGGCAGCCAUGGAAGUGGAAGCCCCCUCAAAGCCAGCCAGGACCAGAGAGCCACAGGCCAAGCAACAGAAGAAAAUGACAGCUCCCCAGGAUGUUGACAUGUUGGAUCUGGAGGAUGGGAGCUGAAGUUUUCACUUCUUCCAGUAGAACAUUUUCACCUGCAAAUGGAAGGUUGGAUGAGUGUUUGAGAUGACUUUGGAGACAGCAUUUCCUCCUUCACUCUUCCAUAGUCUCCCUCCAUAGCGGCUGGUGGACUCUGCUGCUGGCAGAGAUGUGGAAGAGGGCAUAGAAGCAAGAUGGCAGAGGGACCUGUGGAGCAGUUGCCUCCAUUUGUAAUGAAGCCUAAGAGCCAGCUAUGGUUGGCACAUCUGUCAUCCCAGCACUUGGCAGGCUGAUGCAGAGAAAUUGUGUGGAAUUCAAGGUUAGCCUGAACUACAUAGGGAGGUCCUGUUUCAAAAAUAAAUAAGUGAAAAAAAAAUAAAUGAAAUAAACCCAA